CACCAUGAGGUUCCUGAUAUACUGCUGCUUGUUGGCGGCUGCUGCAAACGCCGCCCCUCAAGGGUACAAUCUGGCCACACCCUCUGGUCCAGGGUUCUCCUCUGGCUCAGGGUUCUCUGGUGGCUCAGGGUUCUCUGGUGGAUCAGGGUUCUCCGGUGGGUCUUCCUUUGGUUCCGGAUUCUCUUCAGGUGGCACAGGGUUCUCUUCAGGUGGUUCAGGGUUCUCGGGUGGCUCUGGAUUUUCGGGCGGCUCAGGGUUCUCUGGUGGAUCAGGGUUCUCUGGUGGAUCAGGGUUCUCUGGUGGAUCAGGGUUGUCUGGUGGUUCAGGGUUCUCUGGUGGCUCAGGUUUCUCAGAUGGUUCAGGGUUUUCGGGAGGCUCAGGAUUCUCUGGUGGGUCAGGGUUCUCCUCAGGCGGCUUUGGCUCCCAUGGUGGCUCUGGGGGCAGCUGUGGUCCUGGACAGGUCCGUCAUGUGGACGGCAGCUGUGUGACUCCUCAGGUCACUCGCAACUUGUAUGUGUACACCGUCCCUCCAGCAGCUCCAGUAGUGGGCCCACGACCAAACGUUCCUCCACCAAGAGUUGAACACAAUGUUAUCUUCAUUCGCACCCCAGAGAACGGCCCUGGCCAGGAACCCAUUGUCGUGCCACCACCACAAACAAGGAACGUCGUGUACGUCCUCAACAAGCGACCUGAAGGAGACCAGCAGGUCAUCCACGUACCAGCACCAGAACAAGAGACUCCUGAGGUGUUCUUCAUCAACUACGGUGAGGGAGACAACCCAACUCUGCCCACCGGCGAGGACCUCCAGUCUGCCCUCAACUCUGCUACCGAAGGUGGCGGCGAUGUCAUUGGUAGCACUGGAGGCGGCGGUGAUGGCAGCAUUGGUGGUGGGAAUGGCAGCAUCGGUGGCAUCAUUGGUGGUGGUGGUGGUAGUACCAUUGGUGGCGGCGGCGGCAUCAUUGGUGGCGGCGGUGGCAUCAUUGGUGGCGGCGGUGGUGGCAGUGGUGGCUACAGCCCUCCUUCCGUGUCUCAGCCGUCAUCAUUGUAUUCACAGCCAUAAAGUCGAGAUCAUUGUUCUUGUGUAAUGACAUGAGAGCUUUUGUCAGGUGGUCACAACUGUUGUGUUUUAUUUAUGUUGAUCACGGCUAAAACUUCACUCUCAAUUCAGUAUGCCUGAUAUACCAGUGUUAUGCUUAUUGUGAACUAUAUGAAAUAAACAUAAAAUACU